AUUAAAGGUUUUAAGUUAAAAUAGAAUGAGUAAAGGAAAUGAAAAUGAAAUUCGUGUUUUGCGCCUUAAAAGCCCUGCAGGAGCCGAAGCUGCAAUUUAUAAAUGGCCAUUGCCAAAAUAUGAAACUCGUGACGGGGCAUUUGAAAUCAUUGACACAAUCAGGUGGGUUUGCAAAGAUUAUCCUGAUCUAGAGAUGGCAAUGGAGAAGCAUAUACUGGCAGAUUAUGACACAAAAAACUUUGAAAGCAUGAAGGAAUUAUGCAACAAAUACAAUAGAGCCAUUGAUUCUAUUUUACAAUUGUGGCAAGGUACAAGUAAAUCAGCGCUGCUUCAAACUCAACCUUCAACUGGCUUGUUGAAACACAUCAUGCAACAGGUUUACAACCAUAGUGUGUUGGAGCCGGAGAAGUUAAACCAAUAUGAACCAUUCUCACCAGAAGUUUACGGUGAAACUUCAUUUGAUCUCAUAUCACAGAUGUUAUGCGAGUUGAAAUUAAAGGAUGAUGAUGUUUUUCUUGAUCUUGGAAGCGGAGUUGGUCAGGUGGUGUUACAAGUAGCAGCUGCAUCACCUUGUAAACUAUGUCUGGGCAUUGAGAAGGCACCCUUGCCUGGGAAGUAUUCACAGAACAUGGACAAGGAGUUUCGUAAGUGGAUGCGUUGGUAUGGUAAGAAAUAUCGGCCGUACAAACUUGAGACAGGAGAUUUUCUAGAAGAAGAAUGGAAAGAUAGAAUUGCAUCUGCAACUGUUAUAUUCGUUAACAAUUACGCCUUCGGACCAGAAGUUGACCAUCAGUUAAAGGAAAGGUUUGCAAACCUAAAGGAAGGAAGCAAGAUUGUUUCAUCAAAGGCAUUUGCACAAGUCAACUUUCGAAUAACAGAUCGUAAUUUAACAGAUAUUGGAACUAUUUUGAGGGUUUCUGUUUUAUCUCCUUUAAGAGGUUCAGUGUCAUGGACGCCUAACCCUGUCACAUACUAUCUGCAGGUGGUUGAUCGUACAAUGCUUGAAAGAUAUUUUCUUGCACAAACUGACCCAAAACUACGUGAGGAGCUUGACAUGGAACACAGAAGAUCUAAAGAUAAUAGUCCAGCACUUAGCAUGUAUCGAAGCUUGGGUAAGGAAAAUGCAAAACCAGUGUCAGAUCAUAUCACUGAGAAAGAUGUAAAAGAUUCAAAGAAAUCAAACAAUUUUAAAAAGUCAAGUAUCUCACCAAACAACACAAAAAAGCAUCAACGUAUUCUAAGUACAAGUGACAGUGAUGCGCAAGCAGAUUCGGAUUUUGGAGAAGCUGGCAUCACUGUGGGAAGUUUAGCGAGUGAUUCCUCGGAUGACUUUGCUCCUCCAAUUAAGAAGAAGGGUUUGGGAGGACACAAACGAAGCCGGAGCAAAAGUUUCUUGAAGACAAACAAGAUGCGAGUAAAGCCGGAAAAAAAUGUGAAGGUUGAAGAAAUAUCGGAGAGUGAUCAUCGUAGUAAACGUGCAAGGAGAAGUGGUAGAAGACCUGCAACAAAGUGUGUACGGAGCUCGCUUUCUACUCCCACUUCUACUGGCUUAGAUAAUGCAAAACUUAUGAAACCCAUCAAUAAGAGGGCUAUGGAUAAUCACAAUGCCAUCCAACUUCUACAUGAGGUGACUGUGGGCAGUGAUGUGAGAGAUCCAGGUGAUUAUGUAAACAUGUCACUGUUGAGCAAACCAAUCAUUACCACGGGUUCAUCUCAUGCUUCUUCAAACCUCAAAGAUAAACAACUGUAUGCACUCGAUUUUAUGUUUGAGCGAUGGAAAAUGAGAGUUUUGCGAUUGAUGUGUGACUCUGUUGGAGAUGUGUUUAGUGAGAGGCUACAAACACAAUACACUGUGGAGACCAAAAAAAAUGAACAUCUGAAAAUGUUGAAUAAGAUGUUUUGUGCAGAUGUGGAGAGGUUAAAGGAACGAACAUUGAUGCUUAUUCAAACUCGAUUGAAUGACUUGCAAGUUGAGUUCAAAUCACCGACCACAUUACAUGCAAGAAAUGGAGAUAAUCACCACGAUACCAUUCAACAUUUACAACAACUACAUUUCCAUAUCAGUAAAAACAUCACGAAUGACACAGCAAAGUCAUCCAAUCAGAGCCUUUCAAACCACCAGCAACUGCAGAAUGUUUUACAUGAUGCUUUGUUAUAUUUGGAACAAAGUGAAAACCCUAAUAUGGAGUAUAUGAGACACGGAAACCUACAUUAUUCAAAUUCUGCUAAUAAUGAAAAGUUGUUGGGUCCGAUGCAUGGCGCUCCCGCCUCCACAUACCGACCACUGGGUGGCCUACCAGUACAGAUAGAAGCGAGUACAGGCCACCAGGCUUCAAAUUCUCCACAAUCUCCCAAAGAAACCGGCCAAACAUCAAACUCAAAAAGGAAACCUCAUAUACAUCGUCGAACGGAACUACCUGCUGAAGCAAUGCAGAUUGUGCAACAAGUGCUAGAUAACUACAGAGAGGGCAGACAAUGUUCAUUGGAAGGCAACCAGAAGAAAUUGUUAAAACAUAAAACAUUGGACCCAAAACACAAUUCAAUUCAUUCUAGUCUUGCCCCUCUUGUUAAGUUGAACACAUCAUGCGUUAGUAGUCCCGAUUUCUCACCUGUCACACCGCCGGACACUCCAUCAUUGUCAUUGGAUCCGCAAAAGGAUUCAUCUCACAUACAACAUGCAGUCAAAGUUGGACAAAGUUAUUUAUUUUCCAAACCUCCAGAUCCAACAUGUGAACCCCCUCACUUUAAUAUACAGAGUUUGGUUUACAGAGGUGGUGCCGCUCCACUGGUUUCUUCACCUUCAUCUUCUACUUCAAUAAAAUCCACAAGCACUGUAGCAAGCAACUCUAUGCACACUCCACGUGAAUAUGAAAACAUGGAAAACUCGAUUCAACCUUCCCACAAUCCCUCUGAUAUUAAGAUGAUCAAAUGUGAGCCAAUAAACACAGCAUAUAUUUCCCCUAAAGGUGGACAAAGUAUUGGAGCUGCCGGAUUUGCUGCGCCGGGAAGAGUUAACCAAACACUGCACACACAUGGUGGCCAUACAGCUUCAUUAUAUCCCCACAUACAUACGUUAAACACAAAUCCACAAUCAAUGUUCAGUAGUGGCAAUAAACAACCAUUGAUGAUGUCAGCAUUAUCAGUCACGCAUCGAGGAGGAAAUCUAACUUCCCCACCAAACCAUGAUCUUCAUACACAGGGAAGCAACCACAAUCCACAUGCUGCUUCACUUGUAAAGGGAAUCAAAACAGGUGAUUAUGAAGGAAGUUUCUCCCCACUCACACCCACCGAGACUCCAUCAACCAACUCAUCAUGUGCUGAAGCAACUUUUACUUCCAAUAUUAUUAAAACUACCUUUGUAACAUCGCAAAUUGUACAAGAAUACCCAAACAAAUCUGAUUCAUCAUUAGUUCCCGAUUCUGCCACAGAUUCCGCCCCAGAGACAGAUCAGCACAUGGAUCCACCAAAAUCAUGUGAUACCAGCAAAAAUAAUGAUUUAUCUUGUAUCACGGAUGAUGAAAGCGGUGAUGACCUCACAAUAGAUGAACAAUCAGAUGGUAAUCAGGAAGUGAUAAAUAGAAAUACUCCAUUAGAAGAAAAACAAAAGAAAACUUUAGAAAAUGAGGAUAAUGAUGUUUGUGUAAGGAUGGAGUGGCCAAAAACUAAAAAACAACUUGCAAGAAAAAGUCAAGUUGUUGUCAAAAGUAGUUCAGGUAAUCAAGAAACAAGUGAGGUUUUUAAUUCAUGUUCGUUUCAUGAUGUGAAUUUUAACCAACAAGGUACGUUGCAUUAUUUUAUACAAAGAUCAACAUAAAAAUAAAUAUUUGCUAUUUUAGUGUUCUCUUUCUGUUGUGGAACAUACAGAGAGAUUUAUGUUGAACAAUAGGUUUUAAAACAAUGCAAACUACAAAACAAAAAUAUAUUGGUUUUUAUCACAAAGCAAUGUUUCACUAGUGUAUACAAAAAAAGGAACAGUGGAAAGUUUGUUAUCUUACAAUUGUCAUUGUUUUAGAAUAAAGAAACAUUUUAAAGGAAGGAUCCAUUUUCCAAUGAUAAAUACACUCUGGAAGAAUUCGCAUUUCACCUCAAAUCCUGAUGAAUCAGGAACACGUGAUGUGUUUCUAUGCAACAUGUUAACAGCAUAAUAACCUAUAAUACUUCUCAAACUUUCUUAAGUUAUAAAAUCAAACAGAAUUUAGAUUUAACUGUUGAUGGAUUUUGAGUCGGUUUUAUUGGUUUUUGAUUGUUAUUAUUCUGUUGAAUCUUCCACAUUACAUUGUCUUCUUUGUGUAAAACAACUUUUUCUUCGGGACAAUCUGCUCUGGCCACGUUAAAUUUUUGACAACUGGCGCAUAAAUAUAGUUCCUGCUUCACUGGAAGGCGACUUAAAAACUUCUUGUGAGCUCUCAUUAAUAAUAUCCUAUAUGUGCCAACCAUUGCAUUAUAUUCAUUUAAUAAAGAGACAGAUACAGUG